AUGGAGUCCUCAGAAUACAUGCCCGAGACGUCAGAACGGGGCUCACUGACGGCGAACUCCAAUGAUGAUAGCCACUUUGUCGGCAGUUCCAGCGGAGUUUAUUUCAUCAACACUGUCAAACAGGCAUUUUCGGGCAGCUUGGAUGCAUCCGGUCAAUCAGAAACUGGAUUUCCAACAGCUGAAGACACAUUGUUGGGUGCCGAUGACUCGCCGCAUACUCACCACCCAUCUUCCAAAGUUGACUGUACGUCUCCCGAUGAAGCGGGCGAUUCUCCUUUACAAUGGACCUACGACCAAGAAGUUGCUGCUGCCUUGGGUAGUGCGCCUCCACUAGAUCUGGCAAAGGAGUUGAUGAUGAUGUACUUCAAAGUUUGGCAUCCUCUAUUCCCAUUUCUGCACGGACCUAGUUUUCUACAGGCAAUGGAGAGACUGUAUGCCGGUCCCAGCUCUGGACCUACUACAGCCAAAUCUACCUCUGACCACCGAAGUGCUUGCUGGACGAUAAUAUUUCAAUUUGUUUUCAACCUUGCCAGUCUUCUACGACCUGGUCUGCGUCUUCCAGCCCAAUGUACAAUUCCGUCACCCAGCAGCAUCAACUCGUUGCUGGGACCUCUUUCCUCUCGCCACGACAUAGCGUCUUUUCAGGCCCUUUUAGCAACUCAGGUCUAUCUAGUUGCAACCAUGUCACUUCGGCCAGCGUCGACUGUCGGUGGCUGUAUUCUUCGGUCUAUGCUUCACGCCGGCCUGCAUCGCUGUCCGUUCCGAUACCGUGAGCUCUCUUCGCAUGAUCGACACCUGCGAAAACGCAUCUUUUGGUGUGCAUAUGCUAUCGAUCGAUAUCUCAGCCAGGCAUUGGGUCUACCUCUUGGUAUCCAGGAUUCAGAUAUUGAUGUGUGCCUGCCUGCUGCGCCGGAGAUACACUCUUCUCGAUAUCAGAGGGGCAUACCUUACAAUUCACGGCAGUAUCUUAUAUCAGAUGACGUUCAAUCCUAUGGCCAGAGAGACCCAGAUAAUGCAACUACUGGCACCAUGGGUAAUCAGUACAAGAACCAAAGUAUAAGGGAAGCCAUCCUUGCCAGUUACGUUGAUUCCGGCACACUCACGGGCCGAGCCUUGGAGAUAUUCCACAAGUCACUCUUGGUCAGAUCUGUCCCGCGGAAGUCCGUCCUGUUUCUCGUGACCGAUGUUCACAAGUGGUGGAACAGCCUUCCUCUCGAUCUUCAGGGGAAGUCUACAGGGCAACCCACCUUACCACCGGCUGACAGCCCUUUUGACUUUGGCCCAUUCUUCACGGUCCUGUAUCAGCAUUUGAUUCUUCUCAUUCAUCGACCGUCCUUAUCACUCGACCCGUCCACCGCAGUAUUCUGUUCUGGAUUGCAAACAUGCAUUGGCGCGGCUAGAUCCAUUCUUGCUGCAUUGAAGGCACAGACAGGCAGUCGACAAGCAUUAUUCUGGCCGGGGUUUCUGUCGGCCGCAUGGAUGUCUGGAUUGGUGUUAGCAUUUGCUUGCCAGCUAAAGCAAUAUGCACUUGAAAAGGGUCUACAGGAAAUUUCCGAAUGUUUGGAAUAUUUGCAAGUCAUGUCUGUUCAGUGGGAGACAGCCAAGCACUGUUUUAUGGCCUUGUCUUUACUAUUGAAUAAAAUCAAACAGAGAGAAAACGAUGCGGAUGAGAGAGAAGGUCCUCAUCCAUACGCUAUCAGGUAUCUGGAAAGGCCUCCCAAUUCUUUUGAUAAGUCCAAUGAGCGUGGACAGAGAAAACGGAAGAAUAGUGACAGAUUGGAGAGUGAUGUUACCCAGUCGAAUAUGAACUCAUCGACGGGUGUUCCUGGUUCUACUGCGCGAGAAACAGAGCGCUUGCACCCAGCGUUGGCGGCGAAUCCUCAGACCGACUUCCCUCGAGACGGACCAUCGAAAUCGCAACCAUUUUCUGCUGAGCCUGCUCAGUCCAGAGAUAUGAAUCCUGCUGAAGCAGGUCUUUCAAUUGAGACACCAUCGUCUCUAGAAAUGCAUUUCCCGCCUUUCGCUAACGACGAUGUCACUGGAGAGUCAAAUUUCGACUUGAAUAUGGUAGAUUUGCUCGAUGGUGCGAAUUUCGAUUCUCUCUUUGAUUUGAUUGGACAGCAGUAUCCCAGUUUCUAA